AUGCACCAAGGCACAUAUCUAUAUGGCUUCUCUAGUUUCCAAUGUGAACUCUCCGGUGUCAUGAGAAUACGAAUAUUGGGCAGCGGCGUAGUCGCGGAUGUACAUGCAAUGCACAUCAGUGGGAGGAAAGGAGCAGGAAAUGCUUCUCUACCUUCUCUUUUCAGUGCUUCUCUCAAUUUCAGUGCAAGCCAAAGCUGUGUAAUGUUUGAGUUCUCAGUUGGGGACAUUAGCACCGAAAGAGCUGUUCUAGGUGGACAAAGACAUAGGCAGAAUUCGAGUGCAAACAACUCAAGAAUCUCUUAUGUGGAGGAAGAAACUGCCAUCAAGGGUUUCAACUUUAGGGAUGAUAAACCUAUGAACAAAAAGUGGAUUUAUAGGUCCAACUUAUCUGAUGCGACACUGUUCUUUAGAGUCAAGGCUUUAUGUCACACAAACAUACCUGUUGAGGAGGAUGAUCAAAUUCAUAAGCUAAAGUAUAAGGCAGAGUCACCAGAAGAAAGUUUGAUCUCUCCACUGCAAAGGAGGUUGAGAGGCAAGAAGUACAAACUUUUGAACCUUUUAGAGUUCUGUAGGGCUCGGGAGAGGAUGUCUGUUAUAUUAAGCAACGAAGACGGUCAAAUCUUUCUACUCUUCGAAGGUGCAGAUAACAUUAUCUUUGAUAGGCUUGCAGAAAAUGGAAGGACAUACCUGCUAAAAUAUGAAACCUAA